AUGGGAAUACUAUACGACGAUGUAGUGAUUAUCAGGCCACCGGAAAAAGAAGGUGACCCAACUAUGAUUACUGUGAAUUGCCCUGACAAAACCGGUCUUGGUUGUGACUUGUGUCGUAUCAUACUCUUCUUUGGUCUAAACAUUGUUAGAGGAGACGUGUCAACUGAUGGAAAGUGGUGCUACAUAGUUUUCUGGGUGGUUGGACAGAAGACAAGGUGGAGUUUGUUGAAAAAGAGGAUGGUUGAAGCAUGUCCUUCUUGUUCCUCAGCUUCUGGAAUCUCUUAUUAUUGUUCUGAUUUGCAGCCAACUAAGCCUCCUGAUGUUUUCCUUUUGAAAUUCUGCUGUCAUGAUCGGAAAGGACUAUUACACGAUGUUACUGCAGUUCUUUGUGAGCUAGAGCUUUCUAUUAUCAAAGUUAAGGUUUCCACUACACCUGAUGGCAAAGUCUUGGAUCUGUUUUUUAUCAUAGAUACCAGAGAUCUUUUACAUACAAAGACGAGAAAGGAUGAUACGAUCGAACAGAUAAAAGGUGUUUUGGAGGAUUCCGUACUUACUAUGGACAUUGAGUUGGUUGGCCCGGAAAUUUCUGCUUGUUCGCAGGCAUCUUCAUUCCUUCCAGCUGCCAUCACUGAAAACGAUUAUAAUUUGGAAUUGCCUGAAUCCGUUCGAAGUGGGACUCUCCGAUCAGAUUAUGCUUCUAUCACGGUGGACAACACCCUUAGUCCAGCUCAUUCCCUUGUCCAAAUUACGUGCCAAGACCACAAAGGUCUUCUUUACGACAUAAUGAGAACUCUCAAGGACUACAACAUUAAGAUUUCGUUUGGGCGUUUCAUUACAAAACCUCGACGAAAAUGUGAGAUGGACUUGUUCAUCAUGCAAGCGGAUGGAAAAAAGAUAGUUGACCCUAACAAGCAGAGUUCUUUGCUGUCGCGCCUUAGAACGGAACUAUAUCGUCCACUAAGAGUAGCUGUUGUGAGCAGAGGCCCUGAUACCGAGCUUCUGGUUGCAAACCCUGUUGAGUUAUCUGGCGAAGGACGGCCUCUAGUUUUUUACGAUAUUACUCUUGCUCUCAAAAUGCUCGAAAUAUGCAUCUUUUCGGCUGAAAUUGCGAGACACGUGAUCGGAGACCGGGAGUGGGAAGUUUAUAGAAUCUUGCUCGACGAAGUGGAGGGAUUGUCUGUUCCGAGGAACAAGAUUGAGGAGGGAGUUUGGAAGAUGUUGAUGGGUUGGGAGUGA